UUAAGAAAACAAUAGCGCUGCUAGUCCAGGAUAAAGAAACACUGGUUGGUGCUCUCCGGUCUAGACAUCACAUCAUUAGCCUGGUCAGCUAGUUAGCUGCUUAUUUUGACAAAAUGUCAACCACGACCGGUGGCGGAGAGUUUGGGAAUCCCCUACGAAAGUUCAAGCUCGUCUUCCUGGGCGAACAGAGUGUGGGGAAGACCUCUCUCAUCACCAGGUUCAUGUAUGACAGUUUCGACAACACUUACCAGGCAACAAUUGGCAUUGACUUUUUGUCAAAAACCAUGUACCUAGAAGAUCGCACGAUCCGGCUGCAGCUCUGGGAUACAGCCGGACAGGAGCGUUUCCGCAGCCUCAUCCCCAGUUACAUCCGAGAUUCAGCUGCUGCUGUGGUGGUUUAUGACAUAGCCAAUCUUAAUUCAUUCCAGCAAACCUCAAAGUGGAUUGAUGAUGUUAGAACAGAGAGAGGAAGUGAUGUCAUUAUCAUGCUUGUUGGGAACAAAACAGACUUAGCGGAUAAAAGGCAAGUUUCUGUUGAGGCGGCAGAGAGGAAAGCUCGUGAGCUCAAUGUGAUGUACAUAGAGACCAGCGCCAAGGCUGGCUAUAACGUCAAACAGCUGUUCCGACGUGUUGCUGCUGCAUUGCCAGGGAUGGACAGCACACCAGAGAAAAGCAAAGAGGACAUGAUCGACAUCAAACUGGAGAAGCAGCCAGAGAUGACUGUAACCGAGAGCAGCUGCUCAUGCUAGUACACCUCACCCCCACCCAGCCUGCCUCCUCCCCACCAACAGCUUGUCUCUCAGUGGCCACUCUCUCCACCCUUGGCGCGCUGCCAUUGGGAUGGAGGACCUGUCUCUCUCUCUCUCUCUUUUUUUUCCCCCUUUUCAACUCAGUGACUUUUCAGAGUAACUGUGUGGAUGUGCAUUACUGUAUUGAAACUGAUUAUCUGGGGAAAAAAAUGGUUCAAACGUAAACAUUUAAAACAAGGAAUAAGUUAAAUGAUAUGUUCAGAUUUUCAUCCAGUUGCAUGGCAUUAUAUAGGAUUGCAGACUGACAUAGCUAACCGCUCUUGAGUUAUUGCACAGUUCAGAAUCUUAGUGCUGUUACUCUUGUUGUUGUAAAGUAAAACUGCUUGGGAUUAUUUAAAUGCAAGGUUGAGUUCUCUGCCCUCAGUAUCUUUCUUUUUUUAUUCAAAUGGAGAGUUUGCCUGAAGCUGUUCUGUCUCUCACACCACAAGAUUAUUUCUUGACUUUGUCUUGUUUUGAGGAAGUGGAGGCAGGAUCUUACCAGUGAAUUUGCACCGUUGCAAACCGUCAUAUUACCACAUUAUUGAACCCGUUUAUUUACACUUGACGCAUCUGUUGGCUUAAACUGCCAAAUACAACAGUGUGUUAGCAGACCAAAUUAACUUAAUCUCAGUUCUUGUUGGAAACAGUGCUGCAAAAUGACGUGUAACAAAGUGAUGAGGAAAUAGUUAUCCAUUAUUAUCAAAGGGAAGACGUCCCAGAUCCAUUAUUAUGGCUACUAACCUGAAACUAUGUCUGCAUUAAAAUUAUAGCAGUUGUCUUUCCAGUGAUGUUAAAUUAGCUGCACGCAUACUAACAUGUCUGAGGAGGAGUCUUCAGUGAGUCCAUGGCCCUAAUGUAAGAAACCGAAAACAGCCGGUGUUCAGUUUUUUUCCACACUGAUGGAGAGUUUCGUCGCCCUGACGCGCCCUCCAUCUCAUCGAUAAUUUGUGUUGUGUUGAGUACACUUUUGCAAGAACAUGCAGCAUGCUCACCACGCAGGAUUUAUAUGGAUAAGAACACAGAUGCCUUGCUUGUUUGUUCACCGACGUUGUGCACUGAAUCAAGCCACAAUAUUGUAAAAUAUCAAAGAAGCCUGCUGACUGGUUCAUGGCUUCACUAGUUGUUUUGUAGAGCUGGUAGAUAGACGUCCUCAGAUACAGCUAAUGCUUACUAACACCCUUGCUGUAAAAAAAAAGUGCAGAGAAGUUAGUUGCAGUAUCCUUUGCUGUAUUGCUAUUGCCUGUGUAGGACUGUUGGGUUUUAUGCGUUUUAUUUAUUUUGUUACUUGGACAUACCGAUAACAUUGUACGCUUGACCAAAAGCAAAGAGGCUGACACGCAUGUGGAAACUUCAUUUUAUUUAUUGUUUGCGUGUCUGCUGGGGCUCCACCUAAAGGCAACGUUUGGGCGGUUGCUGUUUUUUCCUGUGUAGUCAGUAGCUUGGUUUACAGUCACAGGUAAAGGCUGCACCGUCUCUCCAGACACACACACACACACACACACAUAACACAAACCAACUAAUUAGCCAUAGCACAACAAAAGACACUAGUCAUUUGCUGUAGCUUGUUUUGAAAUGUCAGCUUUUUAAAAUGGAUUUGAAAGAUUAAGUAUUUAAUUACAUCACGAACGACCAUUUUAACAUGAGCAGCUCUUCUAUUACUUGUCACUGACUAAAUACUCAGCUUUGUGCUAUUCUGAAUUGUGUCUGUCCAUUUGAAAUAUGAUGUCUACUCGUGUUUAGCAACGUUUGUGUGAAUAAUGUACUAUUACUAUCUUAUGUAUAAAAAGGAGAGUUAAUGAAACACAAGUGUAGGCCUAUCACAUGGAAUAAAAUAAAGAUAUUUCACCACAA